CCGGAAAUUUCGAACGUCGUGGAAAAACUGAGAGACUCCCCCGCCAUUGAUAAAUAAAAGAGAGCUGCUUCGCAUUCUCUCUCUACUCUCUUUCUCUCUGCAAAACUUGGGCCCAAAACCCUAGGCAUGGCUGCGUCGCUGGUUAUGCCCUCUCCUCCGGCGUCAUCAUCGGCGGCGGCGGUGGCGGCGGCAUCAUCGCCGUCUUCGUCGUUGUCUCUUCCAUCUCCAUCGCGUUUCUCUCUCUGCCGCAGAACUCUGUUCCACACCACCGACUCUCGCCCUCGCACUUAUGCGAAAAACGGCGUCAGGUGUGAUAUAUCAGAAUCAACCAAAUAUGGGAAUGGGAAGCCGACAAUUCCUAUCCUUAACGAAAGGACACUUCCCAAGUUCUUGGAAUCAGCUCGGGUGGAAAAAGCAACGAACAGAAACAACAACGCCAAGAUUAAAUUAUUUUCAGGCACAGCUAAUCCUGCUCUCACGCAGGAAAUUGCUUGGUACAUGGGCUUGGAACUUGGAAAGAUCAACAUAAAGCGAUUUGCUGAUGGUGAGAUUUAUGUUCAGUUGCAAGAGAGUGUGAGAGGAUGCGAUGUCUUCCUAGUACAGCCAACCUCUCCUCCUGUGAAUGAGAAUCUCAUGGAACUAGAAAUAAUGAUUGAUGCUUGUCGGAGGGCAUCAGCGAAAAAUAUUACUGCUGUGAUUCCAUAUUUUGGAUAUGCCCGAGCCGAUAGAAAGACCCAAGGGCGCGAAUCAAUUGCAGCCAAACUGGUUUCGAACCUCAUUACAGAAGCAGGUGCAAAUCGUGUUCUUGCUUGUGACAUUCAUUCUGGGCAGUCAUUAGGUUAUUUUGAUAUCCCAGUGGAUCAUGUGUAUUGUGAGCAAGUGAUCCUUGAUUAUCUUGCCAGCAAGAAACUUUGCUAUGAAGAUUUGGUAGUUGUCUCCCCUGAUGUUGGUGGAGUCGCAAGAGCACGUGCUUUUGCAAAAAAAUUAUCUGAUGCACCUUUAGCCAUUGUAGACAAAAGGCGUCAUGGACACAAUGUUGCUGAGGUGAUGAACCUGAUUGGCGAUGUGAAAGGCAAAGUUGCAGUUAUGGUGGAUGACAUGAUUGAUACUGCUGGGACAAUUGCAAAGGGUGCAGAACUUCUACACCAAGAAGGGGCAAGGGAAGUGUAUGCAUGCUGUACCCAUCCAGUGUUGAGCCCUCCGGCGAUUGAGAGGCUUUCGAGUGGCCUGUUUCAGGAAGUGAUUGUAACCAACACCAUUCCCGUUAUGGAGAAGAACUACUUUCCUCAGUUAACGGUUCUUACAGUAGCUAACUUGUUGGGUGAAACGAUUUGGCGUGUUCAUGAUGAUUGUUCUGUGAGUAGCAUUUUUCAGUGACACAAGGAAAAGAUGGACAAUAUUGUCAACGUCUCCUUUUUAAUGUAUCCCCCAGUUUUCUUUUGCUU